GUGAGAAAGUCCCACUGUAAGAGGCCCUGGGGCAUUAUCAUUUCCUUCUUUCACCCUGUCUGGGUUGCCGGCAAAUCCCCAGGACUCUCUGAAACCAGAGUGUUGGAUUAGGUCCCUCCAGCAGCUGGAAAGAUGAACUCCUGCGUCACCGUCAUGAGGCUACUGCUGUGUGGGCCUUUUCUCUUUGCCAGGGCCUCCGGCUACAAUCUGGAAGUGCGGCACGUGCAAAACUUCUCCUUCCCACACGCCGGGAGGCAUUUCGGGUACCGCGUCCUGCAGGUUGGAGACGGGGUUGUCGUGGGAGCUCCAGGUGAGGGGAACAGCACAGGAAACCUCUAUCAGUGCCAUCCAGACCCUGGCCACUGCCUACCAGUAAGCCUGAGUGGUUCCAGCUAUAUCUCCAAGUACUUGGGAAUGACCUUGGCGACAGACUUCACAAGUGGAAAGCUUUUGGCAUGUGAUCCUGGGCUAUCUCGGACAUGUGACCAGAAUGUCUACCUAAGUGGCUUGUGUUACAUUUUCCACCAGAAUCUGAAGGGUCCUGUGCUGCAAGGGCGCCCUGGUUAUCAGGAAUGUAUAAAGGGCAACGUGGACUUGGUGUUCCUGUUUGAUGGUUCAAUGAGCUUGCAGACAGAUGAAUUUCAGAAGAUUGUGGACUUCAUGAAGGAUGUGAUGAAGAAACUCAGCAAUUCUUCCUACCAGUUUGCUGCCGUUCAGUUUUCCACGGACCACAAAACAGAAUUUAAUUUCUUGGAUUAUGUUAAGACGAAGAACCCUGAUGUUCUGCUGGGCAAAGUAGAACACAUGCGCCAACUGACCAACACCUUUGGUGCCAUCAACUAUGUCGCGACAGAGGUGUUCCGGCAAGACCUGGGGGCCCGGCCAGAUGCCACCAAAGUGCUUAUCAUCAUCACUGAUGGGGAAGCCACUGACCACGCCAACAUUGACUCAGCCAAAGACAUCACCCGCUACAUCAUCGGGAUUGGGAAGCAUUUUGAGACCAAGGAAAGUCAGGAAAGGCUCCAUGAAUUUGCCUCAAAACCUGCGAAGGAUUUUGUAAAGAUCCUGGACACGUUUGAGAAGCUUAAAGAUCUGUUCACUGAGCUGCAAAAGAAGAUCUAUGUCAUUGAGGGCACCAGCAAACAGGACCUGACAUCCUUCAACAUGGAGCUGUCCUCUAGCGGGAUCAGCGCUGACCUCAGCCACGGCCAUGGCGUCGUUGGGGCGGUUGGAGCCAAGGACUGGGCUGGGGGCUUCCUAGACCUGACGGCAGACCUGCAGGAUGAUAAUUUUGUUGGAAAUGAGCCACUGACACCGGAAGCGAGAUCAGGCUAUUUGGGUUACACAGUGACCUUGCUGCCCUCCCAAAGGCUCAAUUUGCUGCUGGCCACUGGAGCCCCCCGCUACCAGCACGUGGGGCGGGUGCUGCUGUUCCAGGAGUCAGAGGACAGAGGACACUGGAACCAAAUCCAGAAAAUAGAUGGCAGCCAGAUUGGCUCUUACUUCGGUGGUGAGCUGUGUGGCGUUGACAUGGACCACGAUGGGGAGACAGAGCUGCUGCUGAUCGGAGCCCCCUUGUUCUAUGGGGAGCAGAGAGGAGGCCGGGUGUUUAUCUACCAGAAAAAACAGCUGAGGUUCGAAGUGAUCUCAGAGCUGCAGGGGGACCCUGGCUACCCGCUUGGGCGGUUUGGAGCAGCCAUCGCAGCCCUGACGGACAUCAACGGGGAUGGGCUGGUGGACGUGGCUGUAGGGGCCCCUCUGGAGGAGCAGGGGGCUGUGUACAUCUUCAACGGGCAGCAUGGGGCACUGAGCCCCCGGCCAAGCCAGCGGAUCAAAGGGACCCAGGUGUCCUCGGGAAUUCGAUGGUUUGGACGAUCCAUCCAUGGGGUGAAAGACCUCGGAGGAGACGGCCUGACGGAUGUGGCUGUGGGAGCCGAGGGGCUGGUGGUUGUGCUCAGCUCCCGGCCCGUGGUGGACAUCCUCACUCAGAUAGCCUUCUCCCCGGCGGAGAUCCCGGUACACGAAGUGGAAUGCUCCUAUUCACCCAGUAACAAGAAGAAAGAAGGAGUUAACAUCACAGUCUGCUUCCAGGUCAAGCCUCUCACUCUCCAAUUUCAAGGACUGCUGGUUGCCAAUCUCACUUACACUCUGCAGCUGGAUGGCCAUCGGACCAGAAGCCGGGGACUGUUCCUGGGAGGGAGACAUGAACUCAGCGGGCACACAGUGGUCACUAGACAACCAUCCUGCACCGAGUUCUGGUUCCACUUCCCGGUAUGCAUUCAAGACCUCAUCUCUCCCAUCAACAUCUCCCUAAAUUUCUCUCUCCUGGAGGAAGAAGGGACACCGAGGGACCAACAGGCGCAGGGCAAGAACGUACAGCCCAUCCUGAGGCCCUCACUACACGCAGAGACCAAGGAGAUCCCUUUUGAGAAGAACUGCGGAGAGGACAAGCAGUGUGAGGCAGACCUGGGGGUGUCGUUCUCUCCAGGAUCCGGAGUCCUGCGUCUGACCCCCUCUGCCAGCCUCUCCGUGUCGCUGACACUGAGUAACCUAGAAGAAGACGCAUACUGGGUCCGCCUCAACCUGAGCUUCCCUCAGGGACUCUCCUUCCGCAAAGUGGAAAUGCGCAAGCCCCACACCCACAUACCCGUGAGCUGUGAGGAGCUCCCUGAGGUAUCCAAGCUUCUGACCAGGAUCCUUUCUUGCAAUGUGAGCUCUCCCAUCUUUAAAGCAGGCAGUUUGGUUGCCAUCCAAGUGAUGUUUCAUACGCUGCUGAACAGCUCCUGGGGGGACUUUGUCGAGCUGCACGCCAAUGUGAGCUGUGACAAUGAGGACUCAAAAGUCUUGGAGAACAACUUGGCCACCACCAGCAUCCCUAUCCUGUACCCCAUCAACAUCCUCACCGAGGACAAGGAAAACUCCACACUGUAUGUCAGCUUCAUUCCCAAGGGUCCCAGGAGCCACUCUGUCAACCACUUCUACCAGGUGAGGAUUCAGCCCUCUGUCUACGACCACAACGUGCCCGCCCUGGAGGCCGUGGUUGGGGUGCCGGGGCCUUACAGCGAGGGGCCCAUCACACACGAGUGGAAUGUGCAGAUGGACUCUCCUGUGACCUGCUAUCGUGAGGAUCUGGAGAGGCUGCCCAGCGAGGCUGAGCAGCCUUGUUUGCCCAGAGCCAAGUUCCACUGUCCACUUGACUUCAAGGAGGAGAUCCUCGUCCGAGUGACCGGGACUGUGGAGCUGGUGGGGGAGAUCAAGGCCCCCUCCAUGUUCAGCCUCUGCAGCUCCCUCUCUGUCUCCUUCAACAGCAGCAAGCAUUUCCACCUCUACGGCAGCAACGCCUCCCUGGCCCAGGUCCUUAUGAAGGUGGAUAUCGUCUAUGAGAAGGAAAUGCUCUACGUCUACGUGCUGAGUGGCAUCGGAGGGCUCUUGGUGCUGCUGGUGAUUUUCGCCGUUCUCUAUAAGUUUGGCUUCUUCAAACGGAACCUGAAGGAGAGGAUGGAGGCUACUGCGGAAGCUUCCAACGGAAUCCCUGGAGAAGCCUCUGACCAGCCAGAGUCCAUGGAAGAGGCUGGGGACCCGGGCUGCCUGGAGCCCCUCCACGAGGAGGAAGCACAGGACGGAGGUGGCAAAGACUGAGGCCCAGGCCCGACGCAGAGCGCCCAGGACUGGACUCGGGAAGCCUGGGGUCCCUCUGCCUCGACCUGUGUCUCGCUGUGUGUCUUCGGGCAAGUCACUGCCCCCACCCAGGUCUCGGUGUCGCUGUUUUAACACAGAGCUCCCUCCUGGCUGCCUGCUCUGCGGGCUCCUGGUCAGGGUCCAUGAGCGAUGGCCGGGCAGGCCACAGAGGGCAGGCCUUGUCCUGAGCAGCUGGCUCUGGCUUCCCCCGGUUCUUCUUAGUACCCUCCCCCAGAAGAGGAUAUCCAAUCUAAAUCUGGAAGAACUGUCAUCUCAGGACCUAGCGACCCGGCCCUCACACCCACCUGCUCUUGGAUGUCCCCAGAGGCCUCAGACUCCCAGAACCUUCAGUUUCCUGCCUGGACUCCAGUCAGCUUUCCGUCUGCUGCCAGAGAGCAAACCUGAUCUGUGUCACUACAGUGCUUCUACAAACCCCUGGCUCUGGGGCUGGACACUGGCUUCCUUACCAUGCCUUCCAGAACCUGCAGAAUAUCUCUAACAUGCCAGGGUUGCCUUCCUGGCCUCCUCCGGAGACUCCCCGCCUCCCUUCCUGAGCUCCAGUUACACCUGCCUUCCUCAGGAGCCAAGCUCCUUCCUGUCUCACUUGCCUUCACCCAGACUGUUCCUUCUGCCUGCAACAUUCCUCCCUAGCCCUUUCCCUGGCUCUCAGUCAGCCUUCGGCUCUCAGCUCCGGGAGAAUGGCCUCAGGGUAGCCCCUUGCCCCCCACCCCACAAGGGUGUUCUCCUUUCCCCUAUUACACAAGCUUCCUUUCGCCUGCACUCUCCCUCAUAGCGCAGCUCAUGUUUGCUACUUAAUGUUCCUCUCUCAAAUCCAGCCAUGGACUCCAUGGGGGUAAGGACCAUACCGGUCAUGUUCACCUUGGAGAUGUCACAGAGCCAGACACAGUAGGCGGCUGCCACAAUUUCAGCGACCUAGUGAGGGUGCCUGUGAGAGGAUUGAGAAAACGUUUGGGUGAGCUCGUGACAUCUUCCCCCACUUCAAGACUCGGUCUUCCCCGGGCUCCUGUCCCCUUGCUCCAACCCCCCCACCCCCACCCCAGAUGCCUCAUGACCCAUCUCGGCCACCACUGGGAGGCUAUGAGCUCAAGGCAGAGUCUGUCCAUCUGGCUCCCGGCACCAAGCACAGUGCCUGCCUCUGUUUACCCAGUAAAUGUGAAAAUCCAUCCAAUUUUGUGAUGUUUUUAUGCUGGUCCCCCAUUUCAGCCUGGCUCAAGGAAAUGAAUAUUUCCUUCUCAACCUUUUCUCUAAAUGGGACCCAAACGGCUGUUUCCUCUCUCUCUCUCUCUCUCUCUUUUUUUUCUUUUCUUGUUAUGACAACGCUCAGAGACUGAUCUGCAGGAGGCACUGACAACUCAUUAAGGUGUGAGAGCACACCCUUCCUGGUCUUUUUAAAAACAACAAUAACAAUUGGUGGGGCUUGAUCCUGAGGCCCCCAUCUUUAGGAGGGGGUGCGGUCCUGCUCCUCGAUGCUGCCCUCUUGUGGUCAGUAGAACCCCCAGGAAGGGGGUGGUUUUAGGGGUAGAAAUGGGGUAAUUCUCAGCCCAGCUCUCUGGGUCCAGCACUGGACGCUGAGAAGCAACCUAUGGUCUCCCAAGCAGUGACCUUUGAUGGCUGCCUUCUGCCUACAGGGGAGUAAACGAACAUUCUCAAGCCUGGCACACAAGGCCCAGAACAGUAUUUCAAAGCCUGCUGGCCUCUUCAACCUCAUCAACCCCCUUCUGGUCCAGCACCCAGGGAACCAUGGGGCUGGCUCUUAAGGAAGACCUCAGGAAUGAAGAAGUGAGGCCCAUUUUCCCAGAGAGAAGGGGAAAGAAUGUUCUAAAGGGCAGGAAUAUCACAGAAAUGCUAAAAGUACGCAGUUAUCUGUAGGUUUCUGAAAUUCUGUUGGCUCCUAUGGAUUCAUGCAGUAUUUCUUGAAAGAUCUGUGUCAGGGCCUGUUCUGUGUCCCAAGGGCACGGUAAUGAACAUGACAGACAAGUCCCUGCCCCCAGGAAGCAUCACCCCAGUGGGAAAGCAGAGUGAAAAGGUAGAAAUGUGAUUCCAGGUGUCGAGGAGGCUGUGAAGAGGGUAAAGCAAGAUAGCAGGUUGGAGAGGGAUUGGGAGGGUCCUCUCACAUUGGUGAUGCUCUGUGACACACACACAAAGUGUGAAUAUUUUCAUCAGGGAUGGGAGCAAAAUAGCACAGAAAAUCUGGGAGGUUCGUUUCAGGAACCUACCCUCGUCCUGCCCAGGAGUCUAUAUCCCGACUCGCUUAACAGCCCCCGUCCUCAAAUACCUAUGUGUCCUUCCCCGCCUGUGUCUUUGCAAAUGCUCUACCCCUUUCCACCCUGUCCAGGUCCACCACCCCCUUCUAUCCUUUAAAAUCUUCCUACUUCAAAGCACUUCCAAGCUUUUCUCAUCCCCUCAGCUCCUAGACAAAAUGAUCCAUUUCAUCUUCACUUAAUACCCCAUCAGAACAUAGGACACUGACUGUGUGGGCUCCUCUCUCGAGACUGGGAGGUUCUAGAAGGCAGGAUUCAGUCUUUGCUCACUUGUGUUACCAACACUGGCCCCUCAUCAGGGCUGGCAACAGAAAAGAUGUCCAAAUAAGUGUUUGAUUCGGUGGCCUUCACAUGUUUUGGGUUUAGGACCCCUUUAUACUCUGAAAAAUUAAAGAUCUCCAGAGUUUUUGUUUA